GACCCUUUUUAUUAGACGAGACGAGCCUUAAGCUUAACCCUUCUUCUUCGAUUUCAGAUCGUAUCCUCAAUUUAAUAAUCUCCUUAUUUUCCACCAAAUCUGUCUCCAUUCUCUCACCAUUAACAAUCUCUCUGUUCUCCUUCCUCAGAAAUCACCAACCCGCUCUUUUCUCCGUCUUCUCCAUCACUCUAUUUCGUCCGAUUCAGACUUUUAAUUUUACUUUCGUUUCUUCUCGACCCUUUUCCGCUAAAUUCACUGUGUAGAUUCUAUCGGAUUCGGAUUUGAAUGUAGCUAUCGCCGAAGAGAGGUGAACGUAAAUCUGGGGGCUUCUUUUAUUCUGGGUCGUCGUUUUUUGGUCUACAUGCAGUUUUGGGGAUAGUACGUGCGAUUAAGCGAGGAAUCUUCGUCUAGACAGAGGAAAAGGCUGUAAACGAGUCGUGGGAGAGCAAUGGAAGGAGACAUGGUGGCUAAGGUGAAGAGGGAGACGGUGGUGGCAUGCAUGACUUGUCCUCUCUGCGACAAGCUCCUCCGUGACGCCACCACUAUUUCCGAGUGCCUUCACACGUUUUGUAGAAAAUGCAUAUAUGAGAAAAUCACAGAGGAUGAGAUAGAGUGCUGUCCAGUAUGCGAUAUUGACCUCGGGGGUACCCCACUGGAGAAACUAAGGCCUGACCACAUUUUGCAAGACUUGAGAGCCAAAAUAUUUCCCUUAAAACGAAAAAGAGAGAGGGCGCCUGAAGUUGUGUCCUCAAUCACAUUACCUGCAAGGAGAAAAGAGAGGUCUAUCUCGUCUUUGGUGGUAAGCACACCUAGGGUUUCAGCACAAACUGGUACAACAGGAAAAAGAACAAAAUCUGCACGAGGUAGUGGUUCAUUCACUAAGAGAACAGUGAAGAAGGAAGAAGAAGUUGGAGAUGAUCAUACAGAGAGUGCAAGCUCGCCUGAAACACUUAAAAAAUUCACUCAGAAUAAAAGACAGGUAAAGAAGUCUUCAUAUGCAGAGCCUAACCAGUCUCUCUCUAAUCGAAGAAACAAGGAUGUUAAUGAACCUUGGGAUUCCAAAGUACAUCUUUGGAAACCUUUAAACUUUCUUGUGGAUGUGGCAAACGGAACAAAGCCCUUAAAGUCUUCUAGUUCUCAAGGGUUGGACCCAAAAUCUGAGCAUGGAGAUGCAUCUCACAAUGAUGUGAGUAAAACCAAAACAAAGGAUCAUAAAAGAAAAUGUAAACUCGAGGAAGAGAUCAGCAAAAAUGGUGAUCCUACAACAUCAGAAACUGCUACGCUUAAAAGAACGCGUAGGACUCGCCGUAAAAGGUCAUCCACUUUCGGUGAUUCAAGCAUUCCACCACUACUAGAUGGAGCAAGCCUGAAACUGGAUAGGAGAAAUGGUCCGGUUUGGUUCUCCCUUGUAGCGUCAAAUAAUCAGGAAGGAGAAACAUCCUUGCCUCAGAUUCCAGCAAACUACUUGAGAAUAAGGGAUGGAAAUAUUCCUGUUUCUUUUAUCCAAAAGUACCUCAUGAGGAAGCUUGAUCUCAAGAGUGAAACUGAGGUGGAGAUAAGAUGUAUGGGAGAACCAGUGAUCCCAACGUUGCAGCUUCACAGCUUAGUGGAGCUAUGGUUGCAGACAACUUCAAAGCAUCAAAGAGUCGCUGCAUCGAUAGGUUCCUCUGCAAAGGAAUUUGUAAUGGUGCUAGUUUAUGCUCGGAAGCUCCUUGAAGGCAACAACUAAAAGAACUGUUUAAGACUCUCCUGCAGAAGAAACACAAGAUUAAUCUUCUUUUUUUCCAUUGAAUCUUUCCUAAACCGAGAAGAAGAAGUGAAGUGCAGGAGCAGUCGAAUGUGUUGUGUAGUGUAGUUUAAAUAUAUAAAUUUUUCUUAUAUAAUCUUUAAAUGAAUGAUUGGUGAGACAGACACUUUGUUGUCUAAGCAGAUUCAAAAUUGCUUUUUUAUAAGAGGUUAUGUCCUUUUUGGACAUUUGAUUGUAUGAUAGGAUAAUGUUGUCAUUUCUAUGAAACAUUUGUUUCCUGGUUUGGACUAAAUGAGAAGU